GCCCAGGAGGCGGGGAGGCGGAGCCCAGCUUUCUGACGUCACCCUCUAAUUAUCACUGGGAGCACGCUUGACUUAGCACCCUUAUCUGAGACAGCCUGGAGGACAGCUGGCUAAAAGGUACCUGGAAGUCAAACAUGGGAUACUGGGAAGGGAGAGACGAAAGCAACUUCUCAGUUUCUCCGAGGCUGACAGAGGCUCCUGAGAGAGACUUCAGAACUUCAUUCCAGCUGGCUCUUGAAGCUGUGCCUGGAAGGGGCCAGCCUCCGAGGGAUAAACAGUGCAGUCUCUAGCUCCUUGGGGUCAGGAGCAGUCUGUUCAGAAGGAAGUGCUGUUUCCCUGACCCCAGUGUUCCCACAGCCCCCUGGAUGGCAGAUCUUGGGGCUGCACCCUUCUCCACUCUUGGGAACUCAGUCAAGUGGUUAUCUUUAUCUCGCUAGUUGUCCGCGUGUUUGGCCAGUACGGUUUCACUUUUGCAAACAUCUGUUUAUGUCCCUGGAGAGGAAAAUAUCAAGCAGCCUGCCCCAAGACCGCCGCCGCUGCUUUAGCUGUUUCAUUUCAAGCCGUGAGCAAGGGCAGCCCGAGAUGGAUAAUUCCACGGUGGCCCCAGAGGACGACUAUGAUGUCUUCAUAAAGGAUGACCUGGACUGCUGUGUGACAGAGAAACCCCUCACCCCCGAGCUUGUCUCCACCCAGCAGGUACUACGGUUCUGCUGUGCUGUGUUUGCGGUGGGUCUCCUGGACAACGCCUUGGCUGCGUUUAUACUGGUGCGAUACAAAGGACUCAAGAAUGUGGGGACCAUCUACCUUCUAAACCUGGCAGCCGCGAAUCUGUGUUUCCUGCUCCCCCUGCCGUUCUGGGCACACGCGGCUGCCCUUGGGGAAAGCCCUGGCAAUGGGACUUGUAGAAUUCUAGUUGGCCUCCAUUCCACAGGCUUAUACAGCGAGACGCUUUUCAACAUCCUUCUCCUCGUGCAAGGGUACAAGGUGUUUUCCCAGGGGAGGCUGGCCUCCACCCUGACAUCGGUGCCUAGUAGUGUUGUUACAAGUAUCCUGGCAUGGGUCAUAGCUAUUGCGCUCUCUUUGCCUGAAUCUGUGCUCUAUCGGCCUCAGAGGGAAAGAGAGAAACCCAAGUGUGCCUUUGGCAAACCUCACUUUUUGCCAAUUGAAGAGCCACUCUGGAAGCAUUUUCUGACUUUAAAGAUGAACAUUUUGGUUCUUGGUUUUCCUCUGUUGGUGUUUAUAUUCUGCUGCGGGCAAAUGAGGAAAACGCAGACCACCAGGGAGAGGCAGAACGAUCUUCGAAAGCUUGCACCCGUCAUAACGGGUGUGUUCCUUUGGAUGUGGGCACCGUACUGUGUUGUGCUUUUCCUGUUCGAGUUCCGGGAACACUUGUCCCUGCAGGAUGAGAACAGCUACCACCUGGAAGCAAGCAUUCAGGUCACACAGCUCAUUGCCACCGCCCACUGCUGUGUUAACCCUCUCAUUUGCUUGCUUCUUAACAAGGCUUUCACGAACUAUCUCUGCAGCCUGUUCCCGCGGUGCAAUGAUGCCCCGUUUCAAAGGCACGGGGACUCUCAGCGAGCUACGCCAAGGAGUGGUCAUGACCAGACAAUUGAACUCUACCAUAGUGUGCCUCAGAGGCAGGAUACAUAAACAUCGAUAUUCCUGUCUCUUCGGAUUAUUUUAUGUAAUUUUUUUACAUGUUUGUAAAAAAGAAAGAGGACUGGUUAAUAAAUAUUUAU